UAAACAUUUUACGUGUUCAACUGAAGGUCGCACCGCUCACAAUACAAAUCCAGAUUAAGAAGUAAACCAAGUAUACGCACUAGACAUGGGCCACAGUGAAGGAAAGACCGUUGUCAAAUUAACUCGGGAUUCAUUGGAUAUCUCUGAGGGAUUGGCCCAGGUGACUGCAGUGGACUGUGGGGCGGUAUCGAUGUUUCUUGGGACGACACGUUCCGAUGUUAUCGACGGAGACAUUGUGUCGUCUCUGAUCUAUGAAGCGUAUGAUGCUAUGGCACUGAAGGAGAUGCAGAAAUUAUGCGAGGAGGUUCGUAACACUUACUCAAUAAAGCACAUCGUAUUACUUCAUCGUCUAGGCCGUAUACCCGUGAAGGAAGCCAGUGUGAUGAUCGUUUGCUCAGGUAGACACCGGCAGGAUACGCUUCGAUCAACCGAAUGGCUCAUUAAUAAAUUAAAAUCGAGAGUGCCAAUUUGGAAGCGAGAAGUGUUUGCUGGCGGAUCGGAAGCUUGGAAGGAAAAUAAAGAAGCCUUUUGGAGGCAAUAGUUUCGUUCAUUAAUUGAAUGAUGUCCUAAAUAUAAGAAGUCAUUUCUGUUAUGUAAUAUGCCAUAGACUGAACACAAUACGCAAUCUUGUAUUAAAAUGAACCAGCUGUCAUUCAAUUAUAAUGGUACAUAGCGUCAAACAAAAUUGUAAUUUACGUGUCCUAUGUAGAUUGGGGCUACUUACGUAGGUAAGAUUUUGUCCACCCUAUACGUAUCCAAAUUGCCCUGUCUCAACUUGGAUUGUACCACCAUAUACAAACUGAACGAAAUGAUUUGUGUUGAUCUGUGUAGCACUACAAUUUCAAUAGUACAAAAUGGCCUACAAGUUGUUUUUUAAACGGAACAAAAUUUUUGAUAACAAAAAAAGUGUUGAAGCCUAGCUGCGAAGCCAGAAAACGUGUUUUUUUCUUUUAAGCCAAACUCAGAAACCGGAUAUAAAUUUUAGAUGGCCAGUUACGCGCAGUUUUCAUUGGAUCUUGCCUAAAAAAAAAAUAGAAAAACUGUUAUAAUAUCUAUUCCUUAAGAAAUCUAUGAGCUGUAUAAAAGUUUUAGCAAAGAAUGAGUGAACAACUGCGGCGAGCACUUAGUCUUUUCGACGCUUAAGGCAAUGAGCGAUAAGCGGAUGAAGAGCUUCACUAGGAACAAAUUGCAUAUGAGGAAAUUAUAUCGAACCGCCACUCAAAUUCAUCUCAGCUAUUUACAGCCAUGGCACUGCUCCUAUAAAAUAGGAACGCGACUCAACAAUGAUGCUUGUUGUCCUGACGUUCGUUCAAAAUUUGAUAUACGGAGCCCCUUAUUUCAUAUACGAGAGUUUAUUUAUUUUACUUAAAUAGCACGUUGUUAUUUAUUUAUUUAGCUUCGUUAUACAGUUUGAGGAUUAAGCAGGCGAAUGGAAUUUUGAGAACUUAGUCAAGUAGCACCAUUUAAUAGCUCGAACUAAAGUCGCUAUGUUGCAAUGAGGCCGAAGCUUACACAGAUUAUAAUUGCCUUAAUGUCAUACACGCACUUAAACCCUCGAUCUUUAUCUGUUUAAAAGCUAAAAAAAUCCCGAUCAACAAAUAUUGUCCAUCUAAAUAAAUACAUGAUGCCUAA